CGCAAACUCUUCAGACACGCAGCCCUCUUCAAGAAGUUGCGCCCGGUACACAUGAGCGGCGACGAAACUGAUGGCCCUGUUAAAACCCACCCUGCGAAGUUCCGAAUUGUGGAGGCACGCUGGCAGAGCCUCGAAUUCAAGACUUUUAUGCGGGCCCUGGACACCAUGUACCGCGAGGAUUGGGCAAUGCCUGUAGGCAUUCGUGCAACGAGUGGGAACCCCCCUCGUUUCCGUGUCGAAGAGGGAGCCCGUGUUGAAGAUGGUGUUGCACCGCCUCACCUAUGGCGCAACUGCUAUGACGAGGGAUGGCUAAAAUCCCUCAAAAUUCACGUUCUACAGUCCCUACAGAUCAUUGAUGCCAAUUACGAUUUUACCCUCAAAGGAUGA